AUGGCCCUGCCAUUCGUUACUCUGUUAAAUGGAGAGCAGGCUCAAAACGCGAUUCGGAAAUUUCACCAGUAUUCUCUUCGGGGAAAAGAAAUAUCCGUGCAACUCCAACCAACAGAUGCUUUGCUUUGCAUUACUAAUUUGCCCAUUUCAUUUACGUUAGAAGAGUUUGAAGAACUUGUGCGUUCAUAUGGCAAUGUCGAGAGGUGUUUUUUGGUCUAUAACGAAGUUACUGGCCAUUCAAAGGGCUAUGGUUUUGUGGAAUAUAUGAAGAAGGACUCUGCUGCAAAGGCGAGACUGGAACUUCUGGGGAAACAGUUAGACGAGAGCACUCUCUUUGCACAGUGGAUGGAUGUGAACCAGCUGACGACAAAUCUUAUUCACUCCAAGUGCCUUUGCGUAGAUAAAUUUCAAAAAGACUACAGUGAUUCAAAAGAACUGAUCCAAGCUUUCUCACUAAAGUAUAAACCUGUUUUCUGCCAGUUUGCUCAGGAUGAAGAUAGUUAUAUUGGUGACUUUGCAGUGGUUGAGUAUGAAACUGCAGAGCAGGCUGAGAAAGUACAAGAAGUCACCAAUGGCAUGACUAUCAAAGGAAAGAGAGUCCAGGUGUCGUACUGUGCUCCAGGAGCGCCAGGCAGAAGCACGUUAGCAGCACUUAUAGCAGCGCAAAGGAUGAUGAGGAACAACAGGAAAGGCUUGCUUCCAGAGCCAAAUCCAGUGCAGAUUAUGAAAAGUUUUAACAAUCCAGCAAUGUUGCAAAUGCUACUGCAGCCCCAGUUGCGUGGACAUGCUGUUAAACCUGUUCUUGGAGCAUCUGCAGGUUUACCCCACCUUAUAAAUUCAGCAGUUGGCCCACCUUUUUUGCAGCUGAACAAAAUUCAUCAGAGUUCAAUUCUGGGGAGUACAUCUAACUUACUACUGCAAAGCCCUGCUCACCUACCAUUGCCACAGCAGCAACUGAUGAAGAUUGAAAACAUUCAGGCUAAUAGUAAACCGGGUUUGCUGGGAGAACCUCCAACAAUGCUACUUCAGACAGUACUGGGAAUAGGGGUAAUGCCAUCAGUGAGUUCAGGCAUGGGAACCCGUGGAGAAGCUCUUAAGUCAUCUAAUCUGACUCCAAUUCAAACAGCAGCAGCAGGGAUGGGCAUGCUGCCAUUCUUUCCGAAUCAGCACAUUGUUGGACAAGCUAUACCAGGGCAGAAUAACGCUCCAGAUAAACAAUCGACUACCGAAGCAGUUGUCUCGGGAUCACAGCCUUAUCAUCAGACCUUAACAAAUCUUUCUGCGGGAGCUUUGCGGGCUGGACAUGCCAAACAACAAAAUCAACUAAAAAGUACUGAUACAAGUUUGGGGACUCCCUUGAAAAAACAGACUUCACUGUUAGGAGAACCACCAAAAGAAAUACGUCUUAGUACCAACCCCUACUUGAAUUUGGCAAGUGUGCUGCCUGGUAUAUGUCUUCCAGCAAUUGCCAGCAAAGCCUCUAGUCCACCACAGCAGACCGGACUUUCGAACAACAUUGUGGAUGCUGCUGUGUCUCAGGGAACUUCAUCACAACACGCAAUGGAAAAUUAUUUUAAUUACUCUCAACAGCAUGGGGAAUACACACAGGUGGCUCCAGCGAGAAGUGAGAAGCGAGGCUCUUCGUACCUCAUUUCUUCCCCAGAACCUGGCCCCAUGGAGUACCUUGGCCAGCAGACUCAGGGCUCCGCAGUACGUUAUGGAGAAUCCUCUCUAAAAAAAAAGCGUGUUUAUUGAGACCUAAGUAAUCACUCCUGCCUUAGGGUGUGAAGGCAGGCUUUUUGUACCUCUGCUAUUUAUUGCUGCCUUAACUUCAGACAAAUAAUUAUUCUUUCUGUGUGGGUUAUGAACAUCCCAAGAGGAACAACCCUCUGUAACAGGCAAAUUUGCCAAGGAAACGGUAGGUAUUGCUAUGAGGUUAGCCAUUUCUGGGUAGUCUGACUUGCCUUCUGAAAGGAUGGGAUGGU